CGAAAGAAAUCAUUUGUAUUAUUAAACUAUUUAACCCACGUAUAAAGCGAGUCUCACAGUAAGACUGUCCCAUAAAAUUUUAGUUUUAAAUAAAGAUAAUUUAAUGACUUAACGGGCCCAAAGUCUCUACCUUAUCAAAUAUCAACCCCUUUUAUUUUAUCUUUUCUUUCCAUUGAGUCAAAAUCUUAAUCCUUUCAUAUUUUUUUCUAAAAAAAACACCUACUAAAACCCUUCCCCUUUUAUCACUCCCUCCUUUCUCAAACAAUAUCUUCAUCUUCUCAAAAAGCUUUUUAAUUUCCUCCAUUAAAAUGAGAGUAAACAUUGCUCAAGCUACUCCUCCUUCUCUUUCUCCACCUCCAUCUCCUCACAAUGCUUCUCCAUCUUCUCUCUUCACCUUCCAGAAACUUCGUCUUCAUCGUUCUCCUUCUUGUUUACUCACCUCAUCAACUCUUCCUCGAUCAAAAUCAACGGACCAAAACCUCCGUAGAUCUUGUAGUGCAAGUUUUGAUGGCCAUGAUUUUCCUCAUCAUCACCCAAUUGAAGAUUUCACCCGAAAACAAAACACCCAUAAGCUUAAUUUCCCUAGUUUCCGUGGAAACAUGUCUACUACUACGACGUCGUUUAGGCACUCUGAUUCUCAGGUCGAUGUUCUAGAACCUUCUUUACUAGGUAUCAAACCUGACCCCCCAGAUUGGCCUGCUAGGGAUGCAAUGAUUCGUGAGUGCAUUGCUAAAAGAGCAAGUAGUAUUGAAUUACCUGUUUCUCUUAGAAUGAUUAAAAUGAAGCAAAAGUUUCUAAAAAUGGAAGAAGAAAGAGAGAUUUUGGAUCUUGAAGAACAUAUGACAGAUGGUCAACCUUCCAUUAAUAGUUUGUGUUGUUCAACUUUGUAUAUUGUAAAGGAAAUACAAAGUCAAGCAUUGAAAAGCAGAGGAAUGCUUUUAGAUGAAGAAUUAGAUGAUGGGAUUGUAAGUAAAGUUCAAAGGGAAAUGACAUCAUCUUUUAUUUGGUUGUUUAGAGAAGUUUUUGCUAAAACCCCUGAUUUAAUGCUUCAAGUUAUGGUUCUUACCUCAAAUUUUGCUACCCAUUCACUUGAAACAUUGAAACCAUUAGAACAAACCCAUGAAAAAUUGAGGGAAAAAGAUGAAGAUUUGGGGCAAAAUUCAAUCAAUUGGGGGGUUGGGUGUUUGGAAUUAGGAAAUUCAGGGGUACCCACAAAAGAAAUUAUGGAAAAAAUGGAGGAAAAUGAGGUGGGUUUAUGGAAUUCAAUGGUGGAAGAAGCUAAUCAUAUAGAACAAGGAGGUUGUGUUAAAGAUAAUGAAGUUGAAUUUGGAGAUUUUGUUAAACAUCUUGAAGAUAAAUUGAGGGAAAAGAAAACUGAAUUUGUUUCUCCAGUGAAAGUUGAGAUCGAAGGGGAUGAUUAUGAGGAGUAUCAUAGGACUGAUCUUCUUUACCAAAUGGGUUUGUUUCAUGAUCCAAAUAACACUCUUUUGCUCUCUAAUUAUGCUCAGUUUCUCUGCCUUGUUUCCCAAGAUUAUGAUAGGGCUGAGGAGUGCUUCAAGCGCGCAAUACAAUUGGAUUCAACUGAUGCCGAGGUAAUGAUCCAGUACGCAAAUUUCUUAUGGGUGGUGAGAAAAGACCUUUGGGGAGCUGAAGAGAGAUUCCAGCAGGCCAUGGCAGCUGAGCCAGACAACUCCUUUUAUGCAUCAAAGUAUGCUAGCUUCUUAUGGAGUACAGGUGGUGACGAUACAUGUUACCCUCUCGAUUCUCCGACUGGGAAGAGCUAACGAUAAAAAAUCGAGCAGCUUGCAGAUAUUAGCAAGCUCGGCUCUGUGAAUAUCACUCUUGGUUCGUUCGUUGUUCAAAUUCACCAUCACACAUUAGAUUAUUUAGGUGCGUAAAUAAUAAUCGCAUAUUGAUGGUACCUAUUCCAUUCUAUGAAGUUUUUUUGAUUCGAGCUGUUGGAUAUCUUUUUUGUAUGGCUCUUGAGCAUUGUAACUUCAUGAUCUUGGCUUUGGUACCUCUGUAUCUUGUACUACUAAUAUGUAAUUGUACAGUUGUAAGUAAAGCAUCUCUAGUGAGCAUAAACACUUGAAAUUUAUGAAA